GCGAGCCUGACGCUGAUUGACAGCCGGCCCAGGGUACACCACGUUUGUUACACCAGUAUAUAUAGUUUACCAUCUAUAUACACACACACACACACACCAGAAGAAGAGAUACUCGAGUAUUUUGUUUGGCCCGUACUUUUUUUUUUACUCUUUCAAUUUUUUUUUUAUCCUACCACUUCUUUAUUCCUCUGCCUGUGUUCAUCUCUCUCACUGUCUUUUCCACCAUCUUUUUUUUUUUCUCAUUUCACCGUCUCCAACUUUAUCGCAGUGCCGCAUCUAGUGUGUGUGUUUCCGUCCGAUCGGAAAGAAGUUCAAGUGUUCUCGUUAGCUCUGCCAAGAACGGCCAUCGAACCAAACGUGUGUGUGUGUUCUCCACCCGCUGAAAACGGGACGACAUUUUUUGUUUUCAGUUUUCAAUCGGCGCCAUUGUUUCCAAGUGUUUUUUUGUUUUUUUUUUAAGGAAAAAAGUGAGUUUUUUUUUAUCAAAAAGUGCAUCGUUUUUCAUCAGCUUCAUUGCCAUUUCGACCGGCGUCUUAUUUUUUUCGACCACGAGGCAGACACAUUUGAAUCGUUAAUUUAUUCAACUGUCGCCAUUUUGUUGUUUUUCGGUGGUGUUGCGAAAUCAACUUGGGCCUUUGUUCGAAAAAAAAAAAAAGUGUUAAGUUUUUUUUUUGUUUGUUUCGACCUUGGUCGUCGAGAACGACUUGUUGCCCGCGCGGAUUAUAACCACCCCUCUUCAUUUUCGUCUCCCUUCCCCCUAUAAAAAAAGCGCGGGGAAAAAAAGGAGAGAGAAACUCUAAAAGCGCGAAAACAAAAAAAGGGGAAAUUUAAAUAUUUUUCUCUGCAAAUCAUUUGGGAAACAAACAAAAAAAAAGUGGAUGCAAAUUAGAAUCAAAAAUUGAAUAUCAACUGUUGAGACCAAGUUUUGCCGACGGCUUUUUUUUUUUCAUAGAAGAGCCUGUGUGUGUGGAGUGUGUUAGUGUGUUUCGUGCCAACAUCACGUUUUCAUUAUCAAAGAAAUAGAUCCUUAGUCCGGGCCUGAAAAAAAAAAAGAAGAAAAUCUACUGUGCGUGUGUUUUCUUCUUUUGGCCGUUUGUGCGUCCACUCCCGUCGGCCCGAGUGCAGUCGAUUGACAUACAAAAAAACGAAACGAAAAGUGUUUGCGUGUUUGUGUUCUUUUGUGUGGAAGGAUCGCAUAGUGGGGGCAAAGGCAAACGGUGGUAGCAAUCCACCAUAGAUCGACGUCGAGUCGAAGACGGUUGGGGGGCCGCGGCGGCCGCUCAGCCGACCCCGCCACUAUCGCCGUUCUCUUCCGUCGGCGGCGGAACGUCUUCCCAGUCGAUUUUUGCCCACUCUUCGUCUCACCCGACGGCUGCUCAUCACAACGGCGGUGCGCUCGUAGCUUGCACUCCGGCGCCUUCACCACUACAACCUCACCAGCUCAAAGUCGAGCGUUUCUCAUCGUCGUCGGACCUUUACGGUCAACAUCCCACCACAUUCAUGGCUCAACCAAGAUAUGACGAGAGUUUAGCAGCACAUUACGGCGGUAUGGAGUCGAUGUACGGCGACCCACACGCUGCACACAGGUCGGCUCUUGCCGGCUCUCAUUCGCACCAUUCGGUGUCGGUGUCGCCGGCAUCGGCAGCGGCCGCCGCAGCCGCCGCCCACCUUAACAGUCACGGCGCAGCGGCAGCGGCAGCAGCAGCCGCGGCGAUGCAUCACAGUGCGGCAGCAGCCGCAGCCGCGCACUCACAGUCGCCCUAUCACAAUCUGGGCAAUCACGUCUCGGCCCAGCAAGUCGGCGCCAAUCACAUGGCAGCCGCAGCUGCCGCCAGCUCCUCCGUCCCCGACGUCCACAAACGCGACAAAGACGCCAUCUACGGGCAUCCGCUCUUCCCGUUAUUGGCGCUCAUUUUCGAAAAAUGCGAACUGGCGACGUGCACCCCACGCGAACCGGGCGUCGCUGGAGGAGAUGUCUGCUCAUCCGAGUCUUUCAACGAGGACAUUGCCGUCUUCUCCAAACAGAUUCGUCAAGAGAAGCCGUACUACAUUGCCGAUCCAGAAGUCGACUCCUUGAUGGUGCAGGCCAUUCAAGUACUUCGGUUCCACCUCCUCGAAUUGGAAAAGGUUCACGAGCUGUGCGACAACUUUUGCCACCGUUACAUCAGCUGUCUGAAGGGCAAGAUGCCCAUCGACCUGGUGAUCGACGAGCGGGACGGCACCAGCAAACCCGACCUGGGCGACACCAACAACAACUCUGGUGCCCAUCACGCCCGCGCCUCCACAGCCGACACGAGCCAUACGGACGGAUCCAGCACACCGGACGUGCGUCCUCCUUCGUCGUCACUGUCGUAUUCAGGACCUGGUAAUGACGACACGCGGUCACCCGGCUCUGUCGGAGGCACUCCCGGACCGUUGAGCGCCGCCCCGCCCCUCUCUCAGCAGAGCGUCGACAACGUCAGCGAAGCAGGCAAACAGUGGAACCAGUGGACGAGACGGGAAGAACGGACGCGAUGCUACUCAGGUGACGCCAGCAACGCCAGCAUCGGCAGCGGUGACGGCACGGGUGAAGAUGACGACGAUUCCAAUAGUAAGAAGAACCAGAAGAAACGCGGCAUUUUCCCCAAAGUGGCCACCAACAUUCUCAGGGCGUGGCUCUUCCAGCAUUUAACACAUCCGUAUCCGUCUGAGGACCAGAAGAAACAGCUGGCCCAAGACACGGGCCUGACCAUUCUUCAAGUCAACAACUGGUUCAUCAACGCCCGGCGUAGAAUCGUUCAGCCAAUGAUCGACCAGUCGAAUCGUGCCGUGGCUUUGUAUCCAGCUGGCCCUAGUGGCGCUUACAGUCCUGAUGGUGGCGGUAUGGGCUACAUGAUGGACGGCGGAGCAGCGGCAGCAGCAGCGAUGAUGCAUCGGCCGCCCGCCGAUCCUAUGGCCUUCCACUCCGAGUACCACUAUCCUCCGCAGUACUACGGCCAUCAUCUCUGAAAAAAAAAAAAAUGAAACAAAGAGGCCAAUCAUCAAAGUAGACAAUUGAAGAAAAAAAAAAAUUCAACGACAAACAAAACAAUUUGAAACAAAAUGGAAAAACUUAAAAAAAAAAAAAAAAAAUUCUAAUUCAAAAGAAGAAAAACUCGUUGCUGCUGCAUGCGUGUAUUAUCUCCGCGUCCCUUUUUACAUUAUCUCUAGUGUGUCUUUUGCGAAUUUCGUUUUUUUUUUUUUGUUACUCCCCUUCUUUUUAUGGAACUAUUUUUUACAAUUGAAAUUGACAAAGAAAAAAAGCCGAACGUUUUUUUUUUCCUCCCAUUUUUUCCGAAUGUGCCCCCCCCCCCCGUUUUUCGUUCCCGCUACUCGAAGAAACGGAAGAAGUUAAAGCAGCAAAAAUAAAACAAUAGAAGACAAACAAAAAUGCAAGAAACAAAAACAAAACCAACACACCACAAAUUAUAUAUAUACAUAAAUGUAUCAUAAUGUCGCGUCGCUAUCAAACAUCACACGUCGUUUACUACGCCACACAUACACAACAACAACAACAAUCUUCUCUCAACAAGAAAAUCGACCGCACACAUGGCGACAUCACGAAAUUCGUCAAGGAACGUCACCGCUCCCGCCACUCACUCAUCAAGAUCCCGCGGAUUCCCUUCUGAAAGAUUCAGCCUCCCCCCUCCAGGUGGACAGCUCAAAAGAAAGAAAAAAAAAACCUCGUACACACAUCAAUUCGAUUUGAAUCACACGGACGGCGCGAUUCCGCCAUUUUUUUUUAAAGCGUCAACAGCGUCGACCGGAUGUUGCUCUUUGUUCCUGCUACGGUUUCUCGAAGAAAAAAAACAAACAAGAUAUUCACGCGGCUGAAACUUGAAUGCGAACAUUCAAAAGGAGGGAAAUGAGACAAAUACUUUAAGCAUCACCAUCAUCACUCAUCAAACAAUUUUUUUUUGUGUUUUUAUUUUUCGGAAUUUCGUCAGUGUGUUUUGUUAUUGUGUUUUAUUGCGUGUGUGUGUGUGUGUGUGUGUGUGUGUGUGUGCACGCGUCUAGCGUACCGUAUCGUUCCAUCAAGAAAAUGGGACGAUACAAUGAAAACAACAACACCUGCACUAUUUGUUCUUUUUUCGUGUGCAACAUCAAGAUACGAAAGAAGAAGAAAAGAAAAUUGGAAAGAAGAUUAUCGUGUUAGAGCAAAGAAAAAAAAAAAAGAAUCAACGCGGACCAUGUCGUGUGUGUGCGCAGUGUCUGUGAUUUCAAACGGCCGGGGAAAUUCCAUUCCGAGGAGAAAUGUCAUCCCGAAUAUCCUCUGAAUUAUUUCCUCGUUGUUUUUUUGUUUUUUUUUUUGAAACAAAUGUCUCGACGAGAAAUCAACACCGAGGACAAAAAAAAAAGAAAGAAAAAGAAUCGCAACAAAAAGAAGAAAGUUGUUGGUAUAAAGAGAAAACAACUCAACCACAUCUUCGGGAGCAGCCAAUACGGGAUGCGUGCAGGAAGAUGUAACCCUUCCUGCGCGUGGCGAAAUCCCACCACACCUCAUACGUAUACUGUACAAAGAAAAAAAAAAAUCUUCUUUUUUUUUCUUAUUACUUUUUUUUUUGAUUAUUUGUGAGGGAAAAUUUUUUUUUUUUUGUAAUCGUCUUCAUCAAUUUUCUUGAAUGUAUUUUCGUUUUUUUUUAAUCAAAUCAAAUUUCGCAGCAUGAUGUACUUUCCAUCUAUUCACUCCCCCUCCACCUCCCCAUCAAAUAACAUUGUGUGUGAGCGUGUGAUUGUGCUUUGAUAUCCCUCUCCUAAAAUUUUGUUUAAAAAUUCAUUUUCUUAUGGAGGAAGAAGACAACAACAACAACAAAUUGGUCACCUUGUUUUUGUAAUAUUGUUUUGCUCCCCCCCCCCAUCUCGCGCACGUGUAUUAUCCCCCCCUCCUCCCCCCCCCCCCAGUGGCCGGUGACACGAUGAUUUCUUUUUUUAUGAUUUUUCCCGUUAAAAAAAAUUACCGCAUCCAAGACCAACAGUUUACACACAUACACACACACACGCAUUAUACCCCCACAAUCAUAACGAACGACGUAAAAAGAUGAAAAAGAGAUGUUGUUGAGCGUGCAAUACGUGGCCAAAAUUUCUUCACACUUGAGAAAAUCCCGAAGAUAUUACGUAAAAAGAGGGGAGGGAUUCUUUUUGUUUGUUUUCGAGUUAUGCGCGUCUAUACCGGUAUUGUCAACAAAAAAUGUUUUCGUCCCCCCCCCCCUCCCUUUAACUUCAGUUUUCCUCUCCUGUACACGCACGACAGUUAACUGUAUUAUUCAAACAGUAAAAGUUAAAAUUUGAAAAACAAAUGACGCACGGAAACCCUUUUUUUGGGGGGGAAAGAAAAGUUUGAAGAUUUUUCUCGAUUCCCGUUUUGCAAAACAAAAAAAAAAAAAGAUUUGACGAGAAAACAUUUCGUGUGUGUGUGUGUGUGUGUGUGAGUGUGUAUACGAUUUUGUCACGCUGCCGUCGCCCUCAUCCUUUUUUUAAACAUUUAUUUGUGUAUCAUCGUUGGAAAAAAAAAGAAUUUUUUUUUUCUUGGUCGUCUGGUAUUAUUAAAUAUAAAUAUAAUAUUGACUCACACACACACACGCGACGAAAAAAUUGUACAUGUAUUGUCAUCUUCUUCGUUUGUUUGUUUGUCCCCCCUCCACUCUGUCCCUUUUUUUGUGCUACCCCCAAACCCAAAACCUCCUCUCCUUUUUUUUUUUUUUUUUUGAAAAAUGAAAGAAAAAAACUACAAAAAAAAAUUAACUAAUUAAUGAUGAAAUAAUUGUGUUGUGGUGCCAGCCAAUUUUUUUUUCUGUUUCCCUAUUUCUUGUUUAAUUUUUUUUUUCAAUUUCUUUUUGCGUUUCAAAAUUUCUCCUCCCUCUGUUGGCGUCCAUUAUUAUUAUUAAUUAUUAUAAACCAAACACUGGAAAGUACGUGCUGUGUGUGUUGGCAGAGUGUAUGUGCGCCGUGUUUCUCUCUUAUAUAGAAUCGAUUACAUUUAAAAAACACAAAA